AUGGAGAUGGCCCGCGCCUUCUUCCACACCCCGCAGCGGCAGCACCACCUCGCGGAGCUCCGCAUUGAGGGAGACCAGUCGCCGGUCGCCUUCUCUGACCCCUGCGCCGCCGGCCGCAAGCGCCGCUGCCUCUUCCCCGCCUUCUCCCCGCGCAAGAAAAUGUUGGUCGACCUUCCCCCCUUCUCCUCCGCGCCCGCGCCUUCCCCGCCACCCAGCGCCGGACGCACCGUCAGCGCUUUCUCGUCGGCUCUGUCGCCUUCCAGCGGAAGCAACGGAAGCUUCGCGUUCUGCGCUUUGCCGGAGCAGCCGUCGCCCGAGGGCUCCAACCGCAGCGGCGCCUUCGCGUUCUUGACUUCGCCCGAGCGGUCGCUGACACCCAUGGGUUCCACCGCCAGCAGCGGUUUUGGGGUCUUUUCUUCUCGGCCGUCGUUAUCUCCCGGCCACGGGAGCUCCAACGGAACCGGCGCCAUCGCGUCCUUGGCUCCCCCGACGCCGACGCGCACGGGAUCCAACGGCAACGACGGCGGGGAACCGGCGUUCCUGGCUUCUCCGAACCCGGCGCUCGGGCGGAAAGAUUCUUCAGCGUCUGCGGCAGACAAGGUGUUGUCUCCCGCGGGUCCCAGGAUUAGCGGCGGUGGCGAUUUCGUCAUCUCGCCGCCACUCUUCCUCCCGGCUUCCCGGACGUCGGCAUCUCCGGGGCGGAAGCCCGAGGGGAGCACCCUCUGGUCACGGCGCCGCGGGAACAAGCGGCAGUUGGAAGAGCAGCUGCAGGUCACCGUGCCGCUGAAGAAGGUCGCCAAGACGGAAGCGCUGGCCAUCGGCGACCCUACCCGUCGCGCCGCCCUGUCCGUGUCGUCGACCAGGCCGUGCUGCGCGUUCGUCAAUUCGCCGGCGAAGGCGAUCAAUCAGGAAGCCAACAAGGACAUCCUCGCCGCCAGCGGCGCAUCCUGCUCGUCAUCGCCGCAUCAGUCACCGGCGGGAAAGAUCUGCACGUUCGGCACAUCGCCAACAAGGCCGCUGGAGAAGGCGAGCAGGCGGGAGAGCGAGGGCGGAGGUGGCCACGGAGCGGCGGCGUGCCCAGGCGCCGAGCUGGUGGUGCGCGUGACCUGCUCGUGCGGUGCCCGGAAGGAGUUCUGCUUCGACCACCGCCACUGA